AUGGCUGAGAACGUAGUUGGCUUGACCGUCCAAAAGGUCGUAGAACCUGCUGCCGAUCAAGGUCUCCAUUCCGAAAAGGCACAUCUUGGCCACACAAGCGCAUCUAUCACGGCCGAUGCCACUCUUCAUGACCACAACUUGGAGUCUCAAUCGCGCUCAGAAGACGAGAAUGCCCAGAUCUUUGACCCCGCAGAAUAUCCACCUCCGACUGAGGAAGAGCGUACGACGCUGCGCAAGGUGCACGACUCCAUUCCAUGGGUCUCAUGGCUACUUUGUAUCGUCGAAAUGUCUGAAAGGGCUUCGUACUAUGGUGUCAAAGCUGCGUUCAACAACUACAUGCAAUUUCCUCUCCCGGAGGGCGGACCUGGUACUGGCGCCGUCAACCCUGCGAAGCCCAAUGGACAUGCUGGCGCUUUGAACCUAGGGCUGCAGACUGCAUCUGCAUUGGGUCUUUUGUUCACCUUCUUGGCAUAUGUUAUCCCAAUCUUUGGAGCAUGGGUCGCCGAUGUCAAGAUUGGACGGUAUCAGGCUAUCAUUUGGGGUGUUCUGGUUGGCGCCGUCGCUCAUGUUAUUAUGGUUGGAGGCGCUGCUCCCGCUCUUUUGCAGGCCGGGAAAGGUGUUGCGCCCUUUCUCAUCAGUUUUUUCCUCCUGGCUAUCGGAGCCGGCAUCUUCAAGCCGAACGUUGCGCCGACUGUCAUUGAUCAGUACAAGUAUCAGAGGGAGUACACGAGAGUGCUCAAGUCGGGUGAAAAGGUGCUUGUCGACCCAGAGACGACCAUCAGCCAUAUCAUGCUUAUCUUCUAUGCAUUCAUCAAUGUUGGUGCUUUCUUCGCCAUCGCUGUCGUCUAUAUCGAGAAAUAUCACAGCUUCUGGCUUGCGUACCUGGUCCCGGGGAUUGUCUACUUCUUGCUGCCAGUAUUGCUUGCGUUCAUGUACAAGCGUACCGUCAGGACACCACCUCAGGGCUCGGAUCUGACCCGUUUCGUCAAGAUCACCAUCGCGGCGUUGAAAGCGAGCAAGGGCAAUAUCUUCUCAAAGAACCUAUGGCACAACGUCAAACCGUCCACGUUAGAGGAAAGAGGCACACGCGUCAGUUAUUCCGAAAAAGACGUUGACGACGCUCGGCGGACUUGGCAGGCCGUCCAGAUCUUCCUUUAUAUUCCCAUUUGGAACUUGAAUGAUGGCGGCGUUGGAAAUGUGCAAAGCAAUCAGGGCGCUGCUAUGACCUCGGAUGGCGCGCCGAAUGAUUUGUUGUCGCACUUCAACCCUCUCUGCAUCAUUGUUUUCUCUCCAUUAAUGGCCGAGGUCGUGUACCCCUUCCUCAAACGCAGAGGCAUCAAGUUUGGCAGAAUCAGCCGAAUGACCUGUGGUUUCAUACUCGCGACUUUGUCUUCAGUCAUCGGUGCAGUCUUGCAAUACCGAGUCUACGAGACCAGCCCAUGUGGUUACUACGCCAGCGACUGCGACGGCGUGUCACCUAUUUCGAUCUGGUGGCAAGUGCCUAAUGUUGCCUUGGGUGCUAUGAGCGAAGUUUUCGUGAAUGUGACGUCGUAUGAGCUCGCGUAUGCUCGCGCCCCAGAACACAUGAGGUCCACGGUGGUUGCGCUGUUCUUGUUCAUGACGGCUCUGAGCAGUGCGCUUGGCGAGAUCUUGAUCCCCGCUAUCGCUGAUCCGACCCUAGUAUGGGCCUGGGCUGCUCCUGCUAUUGCUUUGUUUGUCCAGACUAUCAUCUUUUGGUGGAGGCACCGCAACGUCAAUGACGAUGUCUUCAUGACACAUGCCGAGGAUUUUGACCAGGUCCAACAUGAGAGCAAGGUCAUCCAAGAGCCAGAGAAAUAA